AUGUUUGGAGAGCUUUUGAAGAAGGCCAGCAAGGUUUGGCUUUUGAGUAAGAAACCCACCAGUGAAAGGUGCAACAAAUUGGGGUUCCGCCAAGCGCUCAAAUCGAGCAAUUCCACGAGCUGGCCUACUAAGGAUACAAAGAACAUCCUCAGCGUCUCCAAACGAGGCAGGUUGACCAAGAAAGGCAGCAAAUCGAAGAGCAGAGAAGACAACACUCGCCAGCGAGAAAAACCAUCGUCGCACAAACGUCAAGAAACGCAAUCAGCAAACGCAGCCUCGACGACGUCUUCCGCAAUUAAGGGAGAGACAGAAAAAGGAAAAAUUCUCGCCUCGGUGCGGACGCGUCGUUCUCGUCUGCUGCAAAAGUGCCUUUUUGCUCGUUCCACGUGGUCGCGUUUGGUGGGCCGGUCCGAGAAGGCGGAGAAAAGUGCGGAACCGGGGCGCGCGCGUUGCCGUCGAAAAGUCGCAAGUGCAAAAACGGUCAAAGCUAUUGGCUGGCGGAACAACGGCCUGCACGUGAAAUCGUACCAGCUGAUCGAGGGUUCGACGUCCCCGGAGGGAUUUCCAACACGCCAAGAACGACCCAGAUCUGGCAUUCUCGACCGGCACGCCCCCGCGACCAUCGGCGGUACCGAACCGCUCAGAGGACAACCCAGCGGCCAAGCAACAGCGAGCACCACGCCUCCUUGGCACGCAAUCCCCCAACGGCGGUGUGAGACAAUCGCACGCACACACACACACACGGCGCAACAAACCCAAGAUCGACUCCGUGCAUACUGGCCUCGCACCACUCAUCCCGCAAUCCGACUGGCGGUCCGACAAGAACUGGAGGACAACUUGGAAGAAGCACACGAAAAGGGGGACGCAAAGAGCCCCUUUUUUGUGUACCGCUGGAAAAUCUGCUCGGAGGCGGAGCGGUCGGUCGGCGCUGUUAAGAGCGGGCGAGUGUGCAGCGAGUUGGCCUUCACCAGGGCGAACGGAGGGCGCGCUGAUCAAGUGCGGGAGGAAUCAUCUGUCGCCGGCACGGCGAACGUAGACCGGCGCGGGGCGAUCGGUGUAAGGCACCGGUCGUGA